AUGGUGUUAGCUACAACACACAAGAGAACCACGGUGACCUCCGAUAGUGCCACAGAUGUGCUAGAGCUGGAUGUUGCACGUCAUCUCUGGGGCCCUUCAAGGCCGGAUGUUGGGUCCACUGUUGAUCCAGAAGAGCGUUUCAAACUGACCUUGGCGGCUAACGACAGUGGCAUUCUAGAGUUGCACGGUGAUGCUUAUCCUAGUAAGGUUGUCUACAGAGUACUGGACAGUGGGUACUCUGUGCUGUUAUCUCCUGUGGCGCUGGUGAAUAACGUUGGCGUCUCAACAAGGUCGAUAAAGGUUAACUUACCAGACCGUAUUAGAUCCAAUUGUCUGACGCUUGUACAGUUCACCACUGAGGAAGGUGAUCAGGCCAUUAUCAUUGACUGUCUCACGGAGACAGAUGUGUUGAUCACUGCUAUAGUGAAAUUGAGCGACUUCAUCUCAAGCACGCCGUUCGCUUCUUCUGCAAACCAUAAAGAAUGGUCAAGCGUUUCUCAACCAUACGGCUUCGAUAUUAGAAAACCACAUAUGCUGUACGCAUUCAGCGCGGAUUAUCUCCUGGUUUUGCUCAAGGAUGGCGGUGUCGUGGCGCUGCAAAGAACACAUGGCUUUGCAACCGAGCCUUUGGUGUACAACGAUAGCUCGUAUUUGGAAAGUUUGGGUCAAUUUUGGAAGCCUUGGUCCAAGAAGAACAACUUUAUGGUGGAUCAUGAACUCUCUGCAAAGACUGUAAUUGACAUUAUACACUUUAAAGACUAUAUCAUAACCGUGACACUUAACAGACAUUUGAGAAUCUGGUCUAUGAAAACACAAAGUUUGGUUCUAGAGAAGAAUUUGGCAGAUUUUGCGCCAGAUGGUCCAGACUCUAAAUCUUUCUUUGACGAGUCACAUACAAAGAUAUUGAAUAUUGCCACAUUGGAGAUCUUUAGAGAAGAAUCGACAUACCUCACCACAUAUUUACCAUUUGGUAAAGGUUCAUUCAAGAUCUUUUCCAUCAACACAGAAUCCUUUGACAUCAACGACCUUGGCUCUAGAUACACCUUCGAUUGCUCGUUGCCAACUGAAAGUGCCAUUUGGCUCCUUGCCGAUUUUAAAUUGGCAUCACAUGAAAAUAAAUUACAACUUUGGGUGCUAUGGAAGAGCAAUACAUCCUCAUUUGUACAAACUUUAGAAGUUGAUGGCGAUUUGAACCCAACAUGGACAGACGUUCUGGAUUCCAGUGUGGAGAUAACUAAAAGGAUUUAUGAAACGUGGUCCGAGUACUAUAUCAAACAGUUGUUCAAAACUGGACUUUUCACAAAUCAGAUCAUUGAGAUUGCAUUGCCAAUCUUUGAACAGCAUUUUUUAAAAGAUUUAGAGAAGGAGGAAUUAUUAGAAGAUGUUUCCUUGUGUGAAAGAACUAUAAAGUCUGUGAGCAGAGGUAUAACCUUCAAUCCUAAAUAUGACAGUUCUUUGGAGGUGCAGUGGUCAAGAUUUUACAUGCUCUGUCUGGAAUUAAAAAGGCAAUGCGAAGAACCUCUAAAGCUGCACUUGGAUGAGAAAUCAAACUAUGCAGUCAUCCUAAAUCGUCAACGGUUUUCCAUUGUCAGGCCAAUUUCCCCCGUUGAGUACAUCGAUUGCAAUAAACAGUUAAAAGUUGAAUCGUUCGGGACUGAUCGGGAUGCAUACUUAAAAUUUAUGAACAUAAUAACAGAGUUCAAGAACUCGUUCUCCGGAGAUGUCCUACAAAAGGUUUAUAAUGAAGUGGUUGGAACAUUUUCCCAUCCUACCCAGGCAACUGAAACCAUUUUGUCGAAUAUCUAUGCCAAUCAUUUGAGAGAUCAAAUCAAUCCAGUGAACCUGAAUAAACUCGUUGAUCAGUUGACAGGAUUUGAAAACAUUCUUUCGCUUGUUGAAGGUGCGGUAAAAUUACAAUCCAGUGACGAUGAGAGCAACCAGUUGACAAAGAGUAGGCUUAGUGCAUUGGGCGUUGACGUGUUUGCUAUUGCAACUUGGGAGUCUAUAAACGUCCGAAGAAACAUUUCCUUUGCCAUAUUGAUCUUGUUGCUCGUUUUGGACUUUGACGAUAAGAACUUACUUAAUGUACUUUCUAAGAAAAUUGUCAAAUUGUUAAUAUCCUUUGAUCUUUUCGACAUGGUUUGGGAAAUUGGCUUCAACAAGGAGGGUCAAAUUGAAGUUGAUGAAGCGGUAUUGACGGGAAACACUCUUUUCACGGAGGUCCUCACGAGAAGAUACAGUGCGCAGUUUCCAGUGUCAAGUUUUCAAAUUGUUCCAUUCAUCAACAACGCGGUGAUCCCGUUCAUCUUGAAGCCUGAAUUCUUGUACAGUGCUGUAACCAUUUUGAUCUCCAAAAACUUGUCUUGUUUGGUUUACGAACGCUUACUGAGAUUCUUCGAUAGCACAGUGGUAUUCAAUUUGUUAAAGGCGUUUGUCUUUUUCAAAAUUGGUCAACCUGUCAAGGCAUCGAAGUAUUUUGCCAACCAUGCGGAUGAAAUAUCCAAGCACCAACUCACCCCAGAUGAAGCGCAAGCACUUUCAUUUGUUGAAGAUUUGAAGAUGUUCUUUGAUCCGAAAGUUGGCAAGUACUAUCUCAAUGUUGCAAUCUUGUUUUUGAACAACUUGAAUUUUGACCAAGCACAGUACUUUUUAACGUUACUUGCUGAAAAGAGAAACGGCACAGGAUUUGAUAAGAAAUACCUAGAACACGAAUCAUACGUUCUAUUCACCUGUGCUAUCGAAAAGCUCGAUUUCGUCGUUGCCAACGAUGCCUUACCCUAUAUCAAAGACCCUAAGAUGAGAGAGGAGGCGUUGACAAAAUUCCUGUACAAGAUGUGCAAGCAUCAGCAGAUUAACAGACUGAAGGAGUUCACCAGUUUAAGAGAGGACCCACAGGUUGACUCGUUGAUAUUGAAGAGGGCGCAGACCGACGAUGUCUCCAAAUCCCUGUGGUUCUACCAAGUGCUGUACGCACACCGUCUGUCGUAUGGCAAUUUCAGGGGCGCAUCAGAGGCACUUUACUCGUUUAUCGUGCGCAACAAGCACAAUGACACGGACUCGGUCCAGCUCACCAUGGCCGAGCUCUACUGUGCAAUCAUCAACCUGGUCAGCACACUAGCGACCAACGAGCAGUGGAUCAUCAAGCAUGAAAACGAGGACCACGUCGUCACCUUGCAAGAACUAAAGCAAGAGAGAAAACUUCUGCUCCAUGGGUUCAAAAAGGAGUUGAGGCUUAAAUACGAUAGUUGA